CACGGUCUGUGCGGGAGGAAGCAGCAGGUUUGGCGAUUGUGCCAAAUGCUUUUGUGCCGAGGAAAUUUGCUCAGGGUCCAAGACGAGGACGUAAAUGGAAAGGGAGCCUUGAGCAUCUCUCUUGCCCCACAAGUCCAAGCUUUGCAGAGCACUGCCAACCCCCAAAGGCUAUCAGCCGCAGAGAGGAAGAAAUCUGCUCUCCAUGGAAACCACUCCUAUAGCCUAGAAGACAGAUGAUCAGGGGGCCACGCACUUGACACCCCAAAUCCACAAGGAUUGCCUCCAGGACUGUCAAAAAAUAUCAAUACCACAUUCUUCAAUGGGGUGUUUAACAAUGUGGAGAGUGUGGCUGAAAUUUUUGACUGCCUGGGCUCCCACUUCACCUGGCUGCAGGCCGUCUUCACCAACUUCCCUCUGCUGCUCCAGUUUGUGAACAGUAUGAGGUGCGUGGCUGGCCUCUGCCCCAGGGACUUCGAAGACUAUGGCUGCGCCUGCAGGUUUGAGAUGGAAGGUCUGCCCACAGAUGAGUCUGACAGCUGCUGCUUCCAGCAUCGUAGGUGCUAUGAGGAGGCUGCUGAGAUGGACUGUCUCCAGGACCCUGCCAAGCUCAGUGCAGAUGUGGAUUGCAUCAACAAACAGAUCACGUGUGAAUCUGAGGAUCCUUGUGAGCGCCUACUGUGUACCUGUGACAAGGUUGCUGUUGAGUGCUUGGCUCAGUCUGGCAUCAACUCUUCACUGAAUUUUCUGGAUGCUUCCUUCUGCCUGGCUCAAACUCCAGAGACAACCAGCGUCAAAGCCCCAGUGACACUGCGGCCUAGAGGGGUUCCUGAAACGCUCACAGACACCCGUCAGAUAGCCCUCUCAGGGGAAGUGGCCAGUGAGAUGAGAGCAGACAGACUGACAACACUACCCAGGACAGGGGCAGAAUCUGUCCAAGAUCUUCAAGGCGUGGAAGCUACUAGGACCACAUCAAGUCCAGGGUCUGCGGAGAUUGCUGCCAGAGCUGAAGGUGCAACGCACGUCCCUGCGGGCAUUAGAACGUCGAGGUUGGAGGUUUCAUCUGUUGGCAAUGGCUCUCAGGAGACAGCUGGAAGAGCCUGUGAACGACUGGCCUUCCUGCAUCGGGGUGAUGGGGGUAGCAUGCAGGCCCUGCUGCAGCUUGGAGAGAUGCUCUUCUGUCUAACAUCCCGCUGCCCAGAGGAGUUUGAAUCUUAUGGCUGCUACUGUGGAAGAGAAGGAAGAGGCGAGCCAAGGGAUACCCUGGACAGGUGCUGCUUGUCCCAUCACUGCUGUUUGGAGCAGGUGAGAGCACUGGGCUGUCUGCACAGGAGUCAUUCUCGGUCAUCUGUGGUAUGUGAGGACCACACAGCCAAGUGUGUGGGGCAGAGCCUGUGUGAGAAGCUCCUGUGUGCCUGUGACCAGACGGCAGCCGAGUGUAUGGCCUCCGCCUCCUUUAAUCAGAGCCUUGCGUCACCCCUACGAGAGUGCCAGGGCAAGCCGGUGUCCUGUGAGGAUGGCGUGCUCGGGGGAAGCAUGGCCUCCUCUGCGGCCUCCAGUUCUGAGGAGGACAGCGAGUAGGCCACACCCCAAUGGAGCGCAUAGGCAGAUUUCUGGAGAAGCCUCCUGGUCCCUCAGUGACAAGGCCACUCGGUGGAAGAUAAGAUGCUGCAUGCUUGUAGUUCCGAGCUGCGUGAGCUCCCUAGCCCUCAGUCCUCAGUCCACUGGAGCCUUGGCAGAAGCUCCAAAGGAGCAGACAGCCAGCACCUCACCCGUGAGCCUCCUGAAACGCAUCAGCUCACAAGCAUGGCUGGAGAAUGAAUGCGGAUGGCGCACUUUCCUUUCUCUUAUUGACUGUGGAAGCUCAAUAAAUUCUGCAAGCCACA